AUGCGUGCCUUGCUGGAGAAGCUUCCGUCGGUGAAGCGAGUGGCCCUGGUGGAUGCCUUGGGCUACGACGGAUCCGAGCAGGCGAAGGGUGCGGAUUGGAGCUCCGUGACCAUCGCGGACACAAAGAUUGCCAAUUUGAUCGAGGGGAGGGUGCGCGAGCAGGCCUACUCACUUGCCCGCACAGGUACCCUUAGCCUGCCAGGCUUCCCGAACUUUGUCACAAGGCCUCUACCGGACGGCGACCUGGCUUUGGUGGAAAGCUUCUACAAGAAGUUCGAGGGCUUCGACGACAUAUCCGAAGACCUUCGCAAGGCUAUGGAGGAGCACGACAAGAAGUACAACCCGCAGAAGAAGCGGGUGCGCGAGGAUGCGGGCGCAGAUGAGUCGGAGGAGUCUGCGGCUAAGCGGAUCAAGCUCGUGGAGCACGAGGAGCCCCUCACGAGCAAGGACAUCGCCGAACUCCAGAAUCCGUCGGUUCUGAACGUGAGCGGCACUGUUCGCUUCAUCCACGAGAUGGAAAGUGGUGACAAGAUCUGGGCGGAGGUGGACGAGGCGACGACAUUCCUUUCCGGCAAGUUGAUUGCAAGCUUUGGCAGCGGCACCUUCAUGGAUGGCAAAGAUGCCGCGAAGACGCUGGACUCUUGGAUUGACAUUUAUUUCGAAUGGUUGCUUUGA